GGCAGAGAGAAGCCAUGCAGCAAGUGGGCGGCAGAGGAGGAUUAGCACAGGACCGCCACUCCAGGCACUGUGUAAAGCGCGAUGGAACUAUCUAUGUACUGAGCGCUGGCUGCUUCCCCGAGGAUUUAAGACAUCCAUUAGGCCCACCCCUGGCUGACCCAGGCAGCUCCCCUUGGCCCUCCCGAAGCCGCGCCCACAGGAGCGAGCCCUCAUUGGUCCGCCGCGCCGUCCGUCAGGCUCCGCGGCUUCUCAUUGGCGGACGGGCGCCAAGUCGGCCUUUUAGUCCCGCCUCCAACGGUCGGUUGAUCUCCUCGUGGCCUGGUCCGCCAUCUUGGCGCCAUGGGCCUGGUUGGGGGAGCAGCCCCUUUACUGCGCUAUAGGCAGCGGGGACGAAGCGGUUUGCAUCUCUCUCUCCCCUCCCCUCGGCGAGGCUCAACCCAGACCGCCAUUUGGAGCCAGACAUUUCUGACUGGGCAGACGUCAGUAGAAGUGGCCGGGACGCAGGCCCUGGACCUCCUUGGUGUCCUGAGGUUUGCAGGGCAUCUGCCAGACUCCUCCCCAGGCCUCAGUUCCACAUGCCGACGUUGCGACAGAAAGCAGCCAACCCUCUGCUCAAGGGAUUUGCAGUGUGCGAUGUUCCCCUCUCGGAAAUAUGCCAGGAGAAUGUGUCGCGAGACAAAUGUAUCGAGCUCAAGUGCUGCUUUCAGAAGCAGUUGUGCUUGAGGAAAGCGAUUCCAAAGUACGUUUCCUUGUUCACCAUCUUGAUAGUUGUCAUCUUGGGAUUCUUCUUGUGCUUUGUAGCCUUCGGAUUCUGGCAAGAGAAAAGAAGGAAGAGAAUGGCUCAAAAACAUCAGCAGGCAGUAGCUCCCGUAGUCACACCUCAAGAGAGAGAUACCAAAAGCCUGAAGGAACGGAAGGAAGCCAAGCCCCAAGACAACACAGAAACACACGAAGAUGAUGACAAUGAAAGCCAAGAAAGUGACGAGAAAGAGGAGGAAGAUGAAUAAGCUAGAUGGCAGCAAGAAGUCAACAGAGAAUAGAACAGAGAAUUAAAUGGAAUCAUGGGCUGGGAACUUGCCCCCUAAUCUGUAUUAUGGACUUGAAUUCCUAGCCAGAGAAAAAGGUUAAAAUGUAUUUGCCAAACUAUGGGUUGUUUUGUGUUUCUUCUUACUUGGAGUUUUUAUUCCAAGAAGGAUAGAAGGCAUUUGAGACGUGAAUAAAGGUAACGGCGCAGGAUA